CUGGCAGAUGCUCAGGCUGUGCUGCCAGCACCCGCCGGCGCUGGAGGUGAUGCUCAACGCCUACGACCGCGUGCCCCCCGCAGAAAGCUGGGUGGAGGCCGUGCCCCCCGAGCUGUGGGAGGAGCACCGGCAGUUCUUCUCCUCUGCCGUGCGCAUGGCGGGGCGGCCGCGGCGGCUGCAGCACCUGGCGCGUGUGGCCAUCCGGCGGCACCUGGGCGCGCGCUGUCACACCGCUGUCCCCAGGCUGGCACUGCCGCCCCCCCUGCGCCGCUACCUCCAGCUGCCCAUCGAGGGGCUCAUCUCCUGAGGGCACUGCAUGUGUCCCCGCUGGUGUCCCCUUCACGUGUCCCCUCCGUGUCCGCUCGCUGCGUCCCCGCCGUGCCCUGGUGAC